CGGGCCGCGCCCCCGCCGCCCCUGAAGGUCGGGGGCUGCUCCCUCCAGCCGCCCCUGCACUGAGCGCCGCGCCUUUGUCCCCGGCGUGCUCGGCCACCUCCCGGGACGCUCAUGGCGGGGCCCGGCUGAUGCCGCCGCCUCCGCGCCGCCCUCCGAGGCUGCGUGCGCAGGAGCCCGGCCCCGCGCGGACCCCUCCCCGCGCCCCGCGCUCCCCGGGACCUCUGCGCGCUCCACAUGGAGGCGCGCGCCCUGGCCGAGGCGGACGCCGCCGGCCCCCAAGAAGGACCCGCGGAGCCCACCGCGGGCGCGCCCGAUCCUGAGCCUCUCGCCUACCGGCCGGACGACUUCCACAUGCGGGCCACCGUGGGUACAGGGACGUUUGGCCGCGUGCAGCUCGUCCAGGAGAAGACAAGCAAGCAUUUCUUCGCCCUGAAGAUGAUGACCAUCCCCGACAUCAUCCGCCUGAAGCAGGAGCAACACGUCCACAACGAGAAGUCAGUGCUGAAGGAAGUCGACCACCCUUUCCUGGUCAAACUGUUCUGGACAGGCCAUGAUGACCGCUUCCUGUACAUGCUCAUGGAGUUCGUGCCGGGUGGCGAGCUCUUCAGCUACCUGCGGAACCGCGGCCGUUUCUCCAGCAACACCGGGCUGUUCUACGCGGCCGAGAUCGUCUGUGCCAUCGAGUACCUGCACUCCCGGGACAUCGUCUAUAGGGACCUGAAGCCGGAGAACAUCCUGCUGGACAGAGACGGCCACGUCAAGCUCACCGACUUCGGGUUUGCCAAGAAGCUGGUGGACAAGACGUGGACCCUCUGUGGGACCCCCGAGUACCUGGCCCCGGAGGUCAUUCAGAGCAAGGGCCACGGCCGAGCGGUGGACUGGUGGGCACUUGGCAUCCUGAUAUUCGAGAUGCUGUCAGGGUUUCCUCCAUUUUUUGAUGACAACGCCUUUGGCAUCUAUCAGAAGAUUCUUGCUGGCAAGAUAGACUUCCCCAGACAUUUGGAGUUCAGUGUCAAGGACCUCAUCAGGAAACUGCUUGUUACCGACAGAACGAGGAGGCUGGGAAAUAUGAAGAACGGAGCCGAGGACGUCAAACAGCACCGGUGGUUCCGGCUCGUGGACUGGGGCGCAGUCCCCGAAAGGAAGCUGAAGCCCCCGAUUGUCCCCAAGCUGUGCAGUGCGGACGAUACUUCCAACUUCGAAACGUAUCCUGAGAACGACUGGACUUCUGCCCCGCCGGUGUCACAGAAAGAGCUGGAUGUCUUCAAGAAUUUCUGAGCUCGGGACUCCCCACCUGGAAGUCACAGGGUGAUCUGAGCCUGCCUGGGACACACGGUGGCCCCCAUGCCAACCCGAGGAAGCAUCUAUCUUCUUGGAGUAAGGGUGCUUCCGCAUUUGGAUACGCCCGGAUGUGUAUAAAGAGAUUGCACAGCUGUUGACGUCCGUGGCCCUGGAAUUAUUUAAUCUACUGGAAAAUCGGCUGCACAGUAGGACACUUUGAACUUUCGUUUGGUUGGAGGUUUUCUUCUUUUUAGCCUCGUGUGUUCCUACUGGAAUAUCUUGGUUUCGUUUUUUUUUUUUUCCCUCCGUCAUAGACUUGACUUUUUAAGUUUGAGCUGAACUUGUUCAGAUAUGACCACAAACUGUGUGUGUGUGUGUGUGCGUCUGCUCGUGUCUGUGUAUAAAAAAAGGCGGUAUGCUUGGAGCACAGAAAUUGUGGAGUGAUGUACAUUUUCUUACUUUCCAGAGGUUAUAUUUAUGUUUCAGAUUUUUUUUUUUUUUUUAAUGAAUCUGUUCUCUUGCUGGACAAAAUUUUUAAAGUUACGAUAUAUGUAUCUUUUGCCAUCUUACAUGCAUUUUAUGGUUAAAUCUCAUGAUGGUCUGUAUCCCUGUGUCUGGUAGCCUGAGGUCUUGAAACCAGAAGGCAAAGGGAGGCGAUGUGAGUUUGAAUUUUAGUCCCAAGACUAGCCACUGAGUGCGAAUGUUUUUCAAGGACUUUUGUCUGUGGCAUUAAAAAAAAUUUUCAGACUCUGUAGGGAGAUGGCGAGCUAUUGGUAGUCCAGGUUCAAUCCCUGGAGCAAAUGGGCAUCUCCCGAUACAGAAGCGUCUCUUCUCAGCGUUGGCUCGAGGAAUUCAAUGCACGUGUGUUUCUUUUCCCCUUUGGUUUUGGGAAAAGCAAGGAAGGGAAGGGAUACGAUGGAACCGUUUGAACCUUCCUUGUUUCCGCGUGGUUUUCUCUCUCCUCGUCCGUUCGCUGUGCUUCUGGUUUCACAGACCUGCCCAGCCUGUGCCGGACAAGCCUGCGGUGAGCUUUGUUUUCCCUUUGGACCCGGGGGCUGGGUGAGGACCGUGAACUCUGUCGAUCCCGAAAGCCGGGUGCCGAGCGUGUCGGCCUCAGCCAGCGUUGCUGUUUAAGUUCGUGUCUUCCCAGAAGCAGGACGUGGUCAAAGGUGCUUCGCAUCCUCAUUCAUUGCCUUCUUUACCCUCUUUCUCUUCUGCUUUCUGAUUCUAACCUUUGCUGUGAAAAAAAGCCUAAAUGGGACUCAGCUGGAAGGACAAGAGUGGCUCAAACCCGUUGUGUGGAAUCCGGUCAUAGGGUCCAGCCGUGCCCUAGCCUGCGGAGGUCUGUGCAUUUAAGCAGUCGGUUCUAGAGCCUUCAGUGGCUGCCGGGGAUCAGUCAGUAGACCUCCCAGCCCCCUCCUGCCCCCCAAGCCCUGCGUCCUCCCUUCUGCCCAGAAAGGUGCCGCUCCUCGGACUGCAGGGUUGCAGGCAGAGUGUGUCCUUGGGUCGUAUUGCUAUAAAGGCUUGGGUGCGCCCUCAGCGUUCAGCUCCUCAGGUCUCUGCAACUCAGGUAUUUUUGGCUCACCUGCUGACACUGUUUUCUUUCCUGUGCUGGGCCAGAAAGGUGCGUCUUUCCAGCGUUUGCUUCCCUCGCUUCUGCAGGCACAUCUAGGGGGUGUGGAGAGCUGAUGUUUGGGAAAAGUAGACCGUUUUUUUUUUUUUUUUAACGUAG